UCAUGGCCUGCACAUUCCCGUUUGCCCAUAUUCAGUAUUCUUGUCCGUCUCAAAAUUUUGCUAAACCCCUUCAACGAAUUCCCGUGCUUUCUUUUCCGUCUCUAUCAAUUUCUCAUUCUAAGCAUGUUUCUGCAAAAGCAGUUUCAUCCUACAGAGAAGGAGUCAAGGACACAAUCAAGCAACAAAUUGUUGAAACGCCAAGUUCCGAUUUAACUCCAAGCCCCAUUUCAUCUUCAAAAUUGGUUCUCGUUGUUGGUGGCUCUGGAGGUGUUGGGCAGCUGGUGGUAGCAUCGCUGCUUAAGCGGAAUAUUAAAUCUCGCUUGUUAUUAAGGGAUCCUGAGAAAGCCAAAGCAUUAUUUGGUGAACAAGAUGAGGAGACAUUGCAGGUAUUCAAAGGAGACACUAGGAAGCAAGAGGAUUUGGAUCCAUCCAUAUUUGAGGGAGUCACGCAUGUGAUUUGCUGCACAGGAACGACAGCUUUUCCUUCAAAGCGGUGGGAUGGAGAUAAUACUCCAGAAAGAGUUGAUUGGGAUGGAGCAAGGAAUCUGAUAUCUGCACUGCCCUCCUCCGUGAAGAGAGUUGUUCUUGUGUCAUCAAUAGGCGUGACUAAGUUCAAUGAAUUACCAUGGAGCGUUAUGAACCUAUUUGGUGUCCUCAAAUAUAAGAAGAUGGCAGAGGAUUUUCUUCAGGGUUCUGGCCUUCCAUUUACUAUUAUCAGACCUGGGAGGUUGACUGAUGGACCAUACACAUCAUAUGAUCUAAAUACUCUUCUCAAAGCCACAGCAGGGCAACGGCGUGCCGUGCUUAUAGGUCAAGGAGAUAAACUGGUUGGAGAGGCCAGCAGAAUUGUUGUUGCUGAAGCUUGCAUACAAGCACUAGAUAUAGAAUGCACUGAAGGCAAAGUAUAUGAAAUUAAUUCUGUUGAGGGUGAAGGUCCUGGAAGUGAUGCUGCAAGGUGGCAAGAACUAUUCAGAGCUGCACAGUCCCAGUAACUACAAAUAUACAGCUUAUACAUAUGAUAAGGAAAUUGACUGAGGCAUCUUAAAAUUACUGUUGUAAAGUAUUCUAAUUAUGUUUGCAGUAAGUAGCAUGUGAAGUGAGAUGUGAUUUUUCUCUCUCUCUAUAUAUAUA